CCGACCAGAUGUCCACAUCUGGAUCCACAGCUCGGUUAGCUCAGUUGGUUAGAGCGUCGUACUAAUAUCUCGCCUGGGGCGACAUAUAAAGUAAUGCGAAGGUCAUGAGUUCAACCCUCAUACUGAGCAUGUUCUUUUUGCUAUUGCUGCCUCUUCGUCUGUUCGUGAUGCUAUCAUGGUGUUGCGUGGUGACCUUUUUGGUGUUUUCGCGGUGAUGCUGUGUGUGGUUGCAUGGUGGGGGGCACGUCUGGUGAUGUUGCCAUUAUGCUGUUUGGGCGUAUCGGUGGUUGCAAGUGGCCGGGUUGUGCCUGCCAUCGGCCAAAAGUCUCUGCAGGCGCGUCCAAUAUUUGUCGUUAGGCGAUACUGGCGCUGGUUUUGUGUUGCUUUACUUUGUUCUGCUCGAGAUUAGUAUUUCAGCGUGAUCUGGUCAGUCAAUCUCACGUUUUAAUGUCAGGGAAACCGUUUCGUGCG